UUGGAAGACGCACCAGUUCGUCGAGGUUACAGGACACGCCCUUAACUUUGGAAACGGUGCAUUGGGGGUGCGUAGUGUCUGUCCGUGGGGAAAGGGGACGCGUGGAGGAGAGUGGAUCUGGGCGGGAACUUCAGUAUCAUACAGUGGGCUGUCUUUGCCUUUUCUCUGUGGCGCAUCCGCCGUCGAGCGCAGCCUGCUGUAUUUACCUCCCAGCGGUCCGGAGACUGGGGAAUCCACCUGCCGGAGAGCACACACGCCUCGGGAUGGAUGCCCUGAAAUCCGCCGGCAGAGCCAUCAUCAAGAGCCCUGGAGUUCCACGGCACACAUGGGGAACUUCAAAACACGAAAAGCUGCCAGAGAACUGGACUGACACUAAAGAGACUCUGCUGGAGGGGAUGGUGUUCAAUGUGAAGUACCUGGGUAUGACUCUGGUGGGCCAGCCUAAAGGAGAAGACAUGGCCUCAGCUGCCAUUCGCAGAAUUGUUGCCACGGCCAGAGCCAGUGCUAAGAAGUUUCGUAAAGUCACACUGACAGUCUCACCAAAAGGCAUCAUCAUCACAGACACAGAGACCACAGACCUCAUAGAAAAUGUCUCCAUAUACAGAAUCUCUUAUUGCACAGCAGACAAAACUCAGGAUAAGGUCUUUGCGUAUGUUUCCCAGAGUCAGUUCAAUGAGACCCUGGAGUGUCAUGCAUUUCUCUGCCAAAAGAAGAAGAUAGCUCAGGCUGUGACAUUAACAGUGGCCCAGGCCUUUAAAGUAGCCCUAGAUCUUUGGGAGAUCGCUCAGGAAGAUAAAAGCAAGAAGGCCAGGACCUGCUGCUCAUGUGCAGCUAGCAAUGGGCAGACGGAGACAACAGACCCACCUUGUGCUCCAGCAGAUGCAGAGGUUCACAAGCCUGUUGGAAUGGAGGAGAAACUCCGCAGGCCUUUCUUCUCCGCCUCACUCAGCUCGCCUUCACCUCGGAGUAACCCGCUUCGAAGACGACCGAUCAAGCAUGACUCCUGGGAUGUGGAGGAUGGACUGGAGGAUGCAUUUUCAAGCAACAUGGAAGUAGAGGAGAUGGAUACUGACUGGCCGAGUCCCGCACCGAACCCAUCUCUGACAAUGCAGCUCUGAGUCCCCAGGAGGCCUCCCAAGAAAAUCUGUUGUCUAUCCACGACAAUGAUUUGGAAUAACACAAGCCGCAAUAGCUGCCAAACAUACAGCACUACAAAAAUCACUUGAAUGGACAGCAAAAAUAUAUCAUGCUCACCCUGAAUCAGAGAGGAUCUGUUUGUUAUUCUGUUGCUGCAGAGGAGCCAGAAUGAAUACCCUGAAUAUAAACUGCUUUUCUUGUGAACGCCUACCAGUCAACACACAUUUCACUCCGUGUAAACACCCAUUUCCAGCCUUCUCCUGCCAUAUUAAAAUUUACACAAACUGCCAGAUGAAAGACAGUAAACACAGCACCACUUCAAGGCUCACAUGAAUCAGGUUUGUUUAAUAUUUCUACUGAAAAACUUUUUUUUUUUGUCAGAUUAAGACAGUGAAGUUUAACAUAAGACAAGUCCUGACUGAUUGUUGUUUAAUCUGAAUGUGUAAAAACAGUGUCAAACAUGGGGAUCAUCUGUAAAUUUCACAAAUUUGCACAAAAAGUUACAGCGUUUGAGGCUGUCAUUUCUUUCUAAAAAUGUGAAAGCUCUCUAAUCUAAUAAAUUGUUUGAUGUCUCAGCUUUGAGUGAAACUAGUCCAGCAUUAGUUAGAUAGUUAAUAGUGAACUUCUCUUCUGAGGUUAUAAUAAAUUAUACAUAGGAUUCAGUCAGACACAGUGACAUAUCAGAUCCAUGCUGGGACAUAAUUUUUUGAUUAUAAAUCCAAAAUCAGCCCUAGAAAAUCCUUCAAAAACAGGCCUUUCAUAUAUUUACAGAGUAAAUAUCUUCUAUUUAUGACAAAGUUUGAUCAAUUAGUAAAUUUUUAAUUUGGAUGAACGAGACUUGAAUCACUUUAAAUCACUGGAAACAUCCUUAUUUAAUCUGUUAUUAUUUGGCCUGCUUUAUACUGUCAGUACAAUGUCAGACAUUAAUAUUGGAUGAGGUAUUGUAAAGAAAAGUGGUAGACAUCUAUGUGCUAAUUAAUUUAAAUGCUUUCCUAUUUAAUACUUAUGUAACCAAAAUGUAAUCACUGUUUUACCCACCCCUGUUACUGUACAUAAAGAUGUUUUUCUGUUGAGGAAAGGUGGACAUUUAGGUUUAUCAGAACGUCAGUAUGGCAAGGCCAAAUUAUUAGAGCAAAUUACUUAUUUCCAUAUUCUGUAUUUUUCCAAUGUCAAAGCUGUGUAAUUUACAAAUGCAUAUUGUAUCAUAAAUUAGUUGGAGAGUAGAAUCAGGGCAUCACACUGUUUUGUUUUUUUUUAUAAAUAAUGAUUACUUGUUGAGAUGUGAAUGUGUAAAUGCUUGUGUCUUUUGCAUUAGAUUAGACAAUUUGUGCAUACUGAAAUGUAGGUGAUUGUUUUUAUUACUGGAAGAACCGCUUUAUUUUUUCAGAAUGGCUAUUUGUGCAUAUACAGUAGUAACCCUCGCACAGUUGUACAGUUGUAAAGUCACAAAAACUCCUCCAUCAGUUUUUUUGAUUGUAGGAUUACAUGCAUAAAAUCCAGUUUUCUCUUUUGGCUGCAGCCUCAAAAAUACCUACACCACACAAACAUGUGCUUUGUCCCAAAACUCAUCAUAGAUAAAUUGUUGUUCCACUUAGACUGUGCAGAUUAUUUUUAUCUGCUGCUCACAAGACGUUCAUUGUCAAGAGGAUAUUAUGUUGUGCCCCGUUCUGGCUGAAGUGGUCCUUCUCUCAGCAUUCAUGGCAUCAUGACUGAGAAUAAUUGUGACGGCAAGAGGGAGGAGAUGGAGGGGGAGCUGUGUGUUGUUGUCAUGACACCCACUGCAGAAUAAUUGGAUGGCUUAUCAGGUUAUGCCACGAAGCUUAAUUGCACUGUUUCAUUCCUGACAGGAUGAAAUACCAACUCAAGUGUGAAUUUCAGAGACGGGAAACGCAGUAGGAUUAGAUACCAUGUAUAUAUUCUUGAGCAUAUCAAUGUUUGCAUUUCAGUAUUGACUCUGAAGGUCAUCAGAGUGCACUGUGAAAAUAGAGCUCUGUCAUUUUAUCUUUCUCAAAACAUCCUUCCACUUGAGCAGAAACAUUUUUCGCACCCUUCUCUCAUGACUUAAGCUUUGGCAUCGACUCAUUGAUGAAGUCAUGUGUUGAUGCUUCUGUAUCUGUUGAUUCAGCACUACAGUAUUGAGUGAUAUUUUGAGAUGAGCUGCUUCCCAGGAGGGUGGAAGUUCAGAAUAAGUUUUCAAUUAUAAAAACCAGCAAACAACUGUUUUGAAGCAAUUCAAGGUGGAUAAACACUGAACACAUGUGUAGACAGUUUCACCUGCAUUAAUGUUCAAUACAUGCAUUAAAAUAAUACAUGAUGGCCUACAGGGGGUGCUAUUAGAUAUCUGAGGAAAGUGUCUGUCUGGGCUUUAGUCUUUAUCUGUUUUAGUUGUUUUCCAGCCAAACAAUCUGUGUAGAUUUUUAUUUUUUAAGUAAUCCCUGUUUGAUUGUUAUUUAGAACUCUAUAUAAAAUAUAGCGUGGCACAGAUCAAUCUGCUGGACUGUUGCAGGAGUUUUGUUUCAUGUGGCCACAAUACUAUAUACAGCACAUCGAUGUGGACAGAUGCCCAGAAAAUCUUGAAUGGAUAAAAUUGCUUUACCACAGCCAAGAAUUUUCUGUGUAUGAGGGGGCAUGCACCUGCACUCAGAUGUACAACAUGCCAACUUGUAUCUGAGGUGGACUGAGAAUGAACAAAUGUUUGAUUAUUUUGUGGCUAAAGUAAUAUUUGGAGCUUGUAAAAUGAGUAUGUUCAGCAGACGGACCGCAGUAUGUUCUCAGAUAAGCUAUUAUUAUACUAAUUAACAGCUGUUGUUUACAGUAUCCGUUUACUUUUCAAAGCUGGUGCUUAUUUUCUAUCUAUGCAAUUAGUGGGUUUCCGACAUUGUUGUGAUAUUAUGACAAUAACAUUUUAUGAAAUAAAUCACAUUCAGUUGUCCUACUGUGUACAAAUUUGUACAGACUUGUAAACUGUUAUGGUUUGUUACAUAUUUAUGCACAAUAAAAGCCUUUGUACAAAU